CUCCAGGAAGUCGUGUGAACUUACCUGGCAGCACGAGCCCUCCCAGGAAUACCAGCAGCCAUAUCCGAGACAUGAUUCAACAUUAAAACGGACUCGACUCCGGCGGGUUCAGCACAAAAAGUCCCUUCAUGUACGUUUGUUGGACGGACUCAUGAAUCCAAAUGUCACCAAAGACUGGCGGAGGAAGAAAAAAAAGGAGCCCCUUUCGUGUGACUCUACGCUCCUGAGGUGAAAAUAGCCACCGUACUGCAAGGACCGUCAGACAAAUCUCGGGGCAUAACAACACCCACCUUCUCCAUAUCUCUGCAGUGCCCUCUGACUGUGUUACAGCUCAUGCUACAGUCAGCUAGCAGUGGCUAGUAGCGAGCAUCACCCGCCUCUCUUCCCCGCCAGCAGAGAAGUGAAGUCAGGAAAUUGUUGUUCUGUAGCCGAGUGAGCUGAGAGGUGACGGCCGACACCCUGCCAGGAUGAGUGGUGAUGCAUUGAACCCAGCUGCUGUGGCUAAGCCAGUGGAUGAUGUUCAGGGAGAUGGACGAUGGAUGUCACAGCACACACGAUUUGUGCAGGAGUGUAAAGAUGCCGAACCAGACGUGCUUUUUGUGGGAGACUCUAUGGUUCAACUAAUGCACCAGUACGAGGUCUGGAGGGAGUUAUUCUCUCCUCUUCACGCGCUCAACUUUGGCAUUGCAGGCGACACCACCUGUAACGUGAUGUGGAGGCUGCAGAACGGAGAGCUAGAGAACAUCCGUCCAAAAGUGGUGGUACUCUGGGUAGGCACCAACAAUUAUGAACACACAGCCGAGCAAGUUGCAGGAGGAAUUCUCGCUAUUGCUCAGAUGAUCACCUCCCGACUCCCCAAGGCAAAGAUCAUAGUCCUGGGUUUGCUACCUCGAGGGGAGCGUCCCAACCCACUGAGAGAGAAGAACGCAGCGGUAAAUGUGUACCUGCGAUCCUGGCUUCCUCGCCUGGGUCAGGCGCAGCUCCUGGAUGUGACCGGUAACUUUGUCCACUCUGAUGGGACCAUAAUCCCACAGGACAUGUUUGACUUCCUCCACCUGACAUCCACAGGCUAUCGCACCAUCGCUAAGCCCCUCAGCGACCUGCUGCUUCAGAUACUGGAGGAGACGCCGGAGGAGAGACGGGCGUCGCUGGUUUGAGGGCGAGCAGCUGAACAGCACAGUUCACCCAGAGGCAUGUCUCACCUGCUGCAGGAAGACAUGUCCCUGGUUUCUGGGGGGAGAGGGCUCGCUCAUAGAGGGGGAGACGCCUUUUAAUGUGAGUGGGCCUGUGAGGGGUGUGGGAUUAAAAUCAUGAGCGGAGGGCUGAUUAUGGAGAGGUGCUAAAGAGGGAGAGAGACUUCAGAUGUAGACACUGUGAUCGCUCUGUUGCUAAAGCAUUUACUCACACUCAUAGACAGAUGCACUGAGAUCAUGCUGGACUGUGGUGACUCUCACACGAACAGAUUAAUCCCAGCCUGUACGUACAAAGAUGGCUUUCUCCUUUUUUUUUUUUUUCCUUUGACAUCCUGCAAUGGUUAGCCUCUCUUUUAACACAUGAGGUCCAGUGCACAAGAUACUCACAGUAGGCAGAGCAUUAUCCAAUAUUGUACAAUGUUAUAUGUCUAAACACAGAGCAGUGAUUCCCAACGAAAGAGUCAAGGACCAACAAGAUGCCACAAGAAUAACAUGAGAGGUCAUAAGUUCAAGGUUCAAAGGGACAAAUUAUCUGUUACCCCAAAUAUGUUUAUUUUAUCUCUUCUUUUUCUUGUGGAACUCUGCACACUUCUACCUCUUCAGGCUUCUAAAAUCCUAAAAUUGAAACAGUCUUGAGAGCAAAAACCUUUUUGGAUUUGAUAUUGCCCGAUUUUAAAUUGCCUGCAAGUCACAAAGGUUGGGAAACACUGCUGCAGGGAGGCUCCUGCUGAGAUGCACUCUAUAUUUAGCAGCACUUAAAAAGUAUCUCUCACACUCCGACAGAUUUGCUUCAAGUGUAAUCGUGAUGCAAAUAGUUUACACAAAUUAACUCUGAUGUGUUAUAUUUCACAGACGAACAAGAAGCACUUACUCUGCUACAUUUGUAUUCUUGAACGCCACAUGCAGCUGUUGAUAAACCGUUCAUUGAUGUAGGUGACGUACAUGUCCACAGAACACAAACACAGUAAGUCACUCAAAGCUCAGAUCGAAUGUUGUCUGCUGCGUGCAUGUUUUGAAGCAUCAGCUUUAGUGAAGAAAAUGUAUGAAGUCAGUAAAUAUUUGUAUAAACCAUAUAAUCAAACAUCUUAGUGAUGAUAAUCUGUUUAAUCUUCUCGCUAUUAAUCUGCUUAGUUCUUCCAAACUCUUCCAACUCAUGUGAUUCUGUUCAAAGCAUCUUCCAGUAAAUGUAUUUAUAUGAUAUGUACAGAAUUAAGGUCCUGACAUGACUUAAAAUAAGUUCACACAUCAAAUGUUUUAAAACGCUAAACUGCCGGCUUUUUAAAUUAGCUGUAGGACGACUCCUUGAUGGUGUCAUCUCUGUCUGUUGAAUCACAUAUUUUUAUAUAUAUAAAAAAAAACACACUCUUCUUCGGCCAUGUUGUUUCACUGUCUAAAUGAAAUGUAGUACAAACAGUGGCUGUCAGUCCUUUAGCUUUUAGCUUACAUCGCUCAUCAUAACAUGAGCUGUUUCUUACAAAUUAUUGACAGACAACUUGUUCUCUUUCUGUCUGUAUCUCACACUAACACGUGCAAAUUCACAGUCAGACAUUAAACUAACCAGCACACGCUCUAUCUCUCUCACUCCCUCUCCCUCUUAAAUAUGAUUAUGUAUGUUCUCUGAGAAGCACCCCUUUAUUCUGUUUCUCAUCUCCUCUUCAUCUCUCUCCCAGUUUGUAUUCGUAGUCGAUUAUCACACUUGGACCAGGCAUCUAUACUUUUAAGUCACUGAAUAUUUUUAGAACUACAAAGUAGCCACAUGUUAAAGCUACAGAACACAUCUAAACCGAGUAGUAUCACGCUAAAUGCUAAAAAGCAAUCCCAGGUCAUGUAAAGCAAACCAUUCGUCUGUGAGCUUAUUCUGUAGCUGCUUCCUCCUGACUUGGCUUCAUUGAGUCUCUUGUCGAGCAUCAAAUUUUCCGAUGUUGCUGCUGUCUUAAGCUCUGCACAUUGGCGUGCCGUGUUAUAAAUAUGAAUAGUGUAUGUGUGCGUGCGUGCCUUAAGUGUUCAUGGGGACGGUUGUGUACAGCCGAGUGUGUGUGGUGCCGGAUUGUAUCAGUAAGUUGGAUGUAUGAGUGUGUAGAAGUGACCACAGUUGUAAAUAUCAGACGUGAAGCUUGAGGAAAUUAUGUUUGAAGGAGUCUGUUGGUGCGGUAACGCAUUUGCACUGUUUUGGCUCGUUGUCACGUUAUUGAGGUAAAGCAUUCCAAAAAUAAAAAACAAAACGAUGAAACAAAAA